AUGAAGAACUUGAUCAUAAUCAACGAGCCGAUUUACAAGGCUUGUGUUGAAGAAUUUGUGGAAAAAUUUAGGCCUUUUGGGCUAAACCCGUCUUCGGUUUCUCCUUCUUAUGGGUUAGCUGAGAACUGCACGUUUGUUUCAACAGCAUGGAGGAGCCAUAGCAACAAUGCUAGCUUACCCAGUUACAACAAGCUCUUGCCAAGUGCAAGGCUUGGCGAAGAAGGCGAAGAAGAAGAGAUUGACAUUGUAGUGGUGAAUGAAGAAACACUUGAAGCUGUUGAGGAUGGGAUUGAAGGAGAGAUAUGGGUUUCGUCUCCUAGCAACGCUUCUGGCUAUCUGGGACACCCUUCGUUAACUCGCCAGGUGUUUGAUAGGAGACUCAGAGACAAAGUGAGCCGGUGCUUCAUAAGAACCGGUGACCGAGGAGUUGUCAAAGGAGAAGAGAGGUUUCUCUUUGUUACCGGUCGGUCUAAUGAUCAAAUUGUGCUUCAAAAUGGACAAGAAAUACAUCCUCAUUAUAUCGAGACAGCGGCUUAUAAAAGCUGUCGAGAGAUUUUAAGAGGAGGUUGUCUUGCUGCAUUUGAAAUUUCAAAAACUCUAGCUAUUGUUACUGAGUUGCAGAGAAGUGUGAGUGAGAUUAGGGUUUUGAGGAGGAUUUGUGAAGGAAUAAGGGAAAGUGUGAUGAAGGAAACGAAAGUUGGAGUUGGGUUGGUGGUUCUUGUCAAGAGUGAGAGUGUCCCGAAGACUACUUCGGGGAAGAUACAGAGAUGGGCAGCUAAAAAUAGGCUUUCGGAGGGCAAAAUGAAUGUGAUCAUGGAAAUGCAGUUUGAUGAUCAUGAUCGCGAUUCGACAUUAAUUGGUGAAUUUGAAGGAGAUGGAAGAAGUGAAAAGGGAAGGAAUUCAAGGAAGGUGGUAGAUGAAGAAACAGCAGGGAUGUUUUUCUCAGUCUCAAAAGCUCCAAGUCGUGUUUCUCUCCUCUCUUCUCUGUAG